AUGGCGGGCAGGCUGGAGCAGUUCGCGUGGAUGAGGCGGCGGCCGGUGACGCCGUUGGCCCUGAAGCAUUCCUGGGCAGGGAAGCGGAGAGAAAGGCGGCUCGCCCUCUGCCGCUGCCGCCCCCCUGCCGCUCUCACACGCUCACACGCACACCGAGUUCAGGGCCACCGGCCCGGCCGGCGCCGGGGGUUUCCCGCCCGGACCGGCAGCCCCGCACCUCGUACUGGGGGAAGCCGAGCUGCGCCACCCACUCAGCCACAUCCUCGGCGCUCCAGGUCAGGAAGGGGCAGACGGACCGCGGUCCCCCCGCGCCCUCGGGCUCAGGCUGCGGCCCUUCCGCCCCUCCACUCCCCGCGGGAGCCAGGCGCGGCUGCAUCGGCUCCAUCCCCGAUCACCACGGCAACGCGUCUUCCCGGGACCCUGUUACCUUGGCAACCAUCACUUCCUGGAGAAAAUGAAGACUCAGCCCAAAAGACAGAGCCUGCAGAUCAGCUAGUUGAUUCUAUGGAGUCCAGUACUUCACCGAGCGGGUCACCAGCUGGGGCACACCUGAGGGCAGACUCAACAGAGCAUUCCAAGGAAGAAAUUGGCACUCUGGGGAACCAGAAAGUGGCUGUACUAGAAGAGAAGCUGCCUGACCAAAUCCAGUCUCUCAAAAAGGAAGCUGUUCGAUUAACCAACUACCAUGUACCUCAGGGAGUAGGGGAUAUAGUCAUGAUUCAGUCAGAUCACACUGGUGCUGUGGAUAUCCUUUCAGCUGAGCUGGAGACUGCAGACCUCCUUGGGGAGCAGAGAAAAGCUCAGCCUCCACCUCUGGCUGCACCCACCAUGUGGACCACUGAGAAGAUGAAGGAAUUCAAAGCCAAGAUGGGAAAGGAGAAGAAUGGCCGGAUGGUGGUGAAGCGAGGUGAGGUGGUGACAGUGCGUGUGCCAACCCAUCCUGACGGGAAAUGCAUUUGCUGGGAGUUUGCUACGGAUGACUACGACAUUGGCUUUGGAGUCUAUUUUGACUGGACCACAGUUACUAGCACUGCCAUUACUGUUCAGGUCAGUGAAUCCAGUGAUGAGGAGGAUGAAGAGGAGGACGAGGAAAUUGAAGGACUGUCCCCUGUAGGUGAUGUGGAACGGGGUUCCAAAAGCUAUCUGCGGAACCGCUAUGGAGAGAUCCUGCCUGUGUACCGCAGGAACAGCCAUCGGGAGGUGCAGGCAGGCAGCCACGAGUACCCGGGCGAGGGCAUCUACCUGCUGAAGUUUGAUAACUCGUACUCUCUGCUCCGCAAUAAGACUCUGUUCUUUCAUGUCUACUACACUAGCUGAAGAAGAGGGAAGGGGCAAGGAUGGCAGGCAGGUAAUGGUGAGGGUAGCAGGCUGCCACCCAGCCCUGGUACUGCCUGAGGGGCACUGCUGUGUGACAGAACCACGGCGCAAUUCUGCCAGCUCUUCUUUGGACAUGAACUGGUUUCUCCCUGCACCCUUCUUCCCCACUGUCUCAGGGGAGAAAGGUAGUUGUGACUGCCUGGUUGUUCCCAGGCAGCUGCUCUUUCUCUAAAACUUUGGGAGGUCAGCUCCAUGCAGGCAUUGGGCUGGGCCUUCAAGUCACAGCAUUUGGGCAAUUGCCCAGAAGUCACGUUCAGGUGGUUGUGGUUCUGAUCUGUUGUGCUGGUACAAAAUGAAGUGAAAAUAAUGUUACUGUUUUGUGAAUAACUUUUCCAACUCUCCUGCUGCAUCUGCAUCACUAGAGGGCAGCUGUUAGCUUCAGUGAGCCAGAAGCACAGCUGGCUUGUCACUUAGCCAGGGUAACCCCAUCACCUACCAUCGCUACAGUCACCAGCAGUCAGUGCUUCCUUCACUCACACGAGUGGCUGGCAGUGCUGCUGGCCAGCAGCAGCCCAUGCUACAGUGGCUUGGCAGUGCUACAGUUUGUCAGUGCAGUUUGUCAGCUGCUACUGCUGUUGCAAAGGUAUUGUUGGGAAGUUCCUUGGCAUAUUUUGGUGACUAGUGAUGGUAUCACCUUCUGCUUAAGUAGUGGCUGAAUUGAACAAGGAGAAGUUAAUCCAUCAGAGAUGAAUUUAAAAACAUGUUUAUUUGUAACUGUUGUUUAUUUUAAUACUUUUAACUUGAAAUUGUUCUCUUUUCUAAGAAUACUGCUGUAUUUACAUUUUGAUACCUCUUUGCAGAGACACAAAAUGACUUUCCAUGGUAAUACUAGAGAAGUUCUGAGUUUUAUUUUUAAAUCGUCCAGGUAAAGCACCUCUACUUGGUCCAUUCCUUCUAUUGACAGGAAAUGAUGGACAGAAUUAUUUGGGGUAGUUAAAGCCAAAGAUUUUGCCCUUGUAGAAGGGCCGCAUAUUUCCUAUUAAGGGUAUAUUGUAAUGCUGUACAAUUUGUUCUAUAUUCAUGCUUACUUUUAGCUAUCUCUGCUUACUAAUUCACUGUUCCAGAGCACUUAGUAGGUCAAAAUGGUAAGAGAGGAAGCAGUCAGUCUACACUAGAGCAGCCCAAGCUGGGAGCAGGAGGAGUGGAAAUUGGAAGAGCACUGCUUGGAGCACAGUGGCUUUCUGGGGGAGUGGGCAAGGACCCGAGUUGUUGCUGCUUUGGGCCCUGAGAAGGGGAGAAAACAGUCCCCUUUCUCAAAAGAGAGAGUGUGUUCACCAGGGUGGGGGAGAACUGCAAAGCUGCUUUAUUCAAGCAGGUCGAGCACAGGGAGACAGAACAGUAGGGCUUGGUGUCUGUCUGAGCAAGAUGCUCUCUCAGUUAGCAGCUUGGAGAGGGCUAGUCCUUCCUUUAACCUGUCAUGGAUGAAAUGAAGAACCAUCCUGUGGCCUUUCUGCAGCAGUUGAAUCAGGCCUGAGAAUUUUAGGUAAGGUGUUUGGGGUUUUUUUCAUCCUUUGGGAAAAAAGAAACAAAAAAAACCCAAAAAAAACCCCAAAAAAACCACUUGAUCAUCUAUCAAGUUCCUAGAUAUUGCUGAUGGAGUGACACACUUCACUUCUAACAGAGAAGUAGUAGUAUGUUUGCUGAUAUAAAACAUCAAUUUAACAACAUUUCCUAGUUGGUGUAUUGUGUAUAGACUAGGGAAUGAGAGGCUGGAGAGCAGCACUGCAGAAAGGGACCAGAGGAUCCUGGUUGAUGGCAAGUUGAACAUGAGCCAGGCAGUGCCCUGGCAGCCAGGGGUGCAUCAGGCACAGCAUGGCCAGCCAGGCAAGGGAAGGGAUUGUCCUGCUCUGCUCUGCACUGAGGCAGCCUCACCUCGAGUGCUGGGGACAGUUUUCAGCACCACAAUAUUAAAAAGGCAUUAAGCCAUUAAAGACCAUCCAAAGGAGGGCCACAAGGAUGAUGAAGGAUCUGGAGGGGAAGCCAUGUGAGAAGCAGCUUAGGUCACUUGGUCUGUUCAGGCUGGAGAAGAAGAGACUGAGGGGAGACCUCACUGCAGUUACAACUUCCUCAUGAGGGGCAGGCACUGAUCUCUUCAAUCUUGUGACCAGUGACAGGACUCAAGGAAAUGGCAUGAAGCUGAGUCAGGGGAGGUUUAGGUUGGGUAUAAGGAAAACGUUUUUCACCCAGCUGGUGAUUGAGCACUGGAACAGGCUCCCCAGGGAAGUGAUCACAGCACCAGGCCUGACAGAGUUCAAGGAGUGUUUGGACAACACUCUCAGGCACAUGUUCUGAUUGUUGGGGUGUCCUGAGACAGGAGCUGGACUCAAUGAUCAUGAUGGGCCUCUUCCAACUCAACAUACUCUAUGAUUCUAUGAACCUUUUAUACCAAGUCACUGGAAAACACCUUAAAACUAUUUAUGAUCGCACAGAAAACACUAUGGGCUGAUGCCAGAAGAAAAGUUGCGCAUGAAAUACAGAAGUUGGUCAUGUCCCAAAGUAAUAUCAGCCACAUACAUGUGUGGUCAAAGCCAGGGUUCUUCAGGCUGUUCUGCAGCCUCUGGGAAACUUGGUGGUGUUGAAACUCAGUGGUGAAGUUCUGCAGGACUCUUGAAGGAAAUAAAAAUAGGAAUUACACUUUUCUUAGAGGUUUCACUAGGUUGUUCCUUACAUUAUUUUUUACAUUGUUAAUUAGGAAAAAUACUUUUGUUCAUCACUCAAUGCUUGUCAGGGAAGUGUUUUUGUAAAAGUGGGUACAAGCUUAAGUCAAUCUGUGAACUCCAAAUUGUCCAAUUUCCAAGUUUAUGGAAUUUCACUUAGAUCCAUUACCUAAAAGACUGCAUCAGGUAGAAUCUUACAGUAGAGUCUGGAUUAGGCUAAUAAUUUUCUUCAAACAGAUGAUGUAGGAAGUAAAAGAUACCAACAACAGAGGAAUUGCAAGUUUAGUAAAUGCUUUAACAACACAAGCCAGUCUCUGAAAAUAAAGUCAGUGCUGGAAUGAACUGUCCCAAAGUGUUAGGAGAUGGGACUAUACUUUUUUCCAGCUUCAGUGGGUCUUAUGAGAAAGAGGGAAAAGGGUCUGUAUCCUUACAAAUUAUGGUCUGUCCAUCUGAUACACACUAUAAUUCAUAUAUCCAUCUGAUACACACAAUAAUUCACAUUCAGACAGAAAUCUCAGAAAUUCUCAAAAAUCUCCAGGCUCUUCAGGCCUUUAGACUCACAAAAGUGUUUAAAUAACUGGUUUUAAGAAAUGAGAUUUUUUUUCAUGGGCUGUUUUAUAAAAGAAACAAACAUUUCGUUGAAAGUUUGAAAUUGUCAUUGUUAAUAAAAUCUGAAUUAUUGAAACCUCUAGAAACACUCUAAACACAGUAAUAGUUUCAUUAUAUUUUGCACAAAUAUUCAUACCCAUAUGGUAAAGUAAUUCCUUAAAAAGCUGAUAACCAAAUCCAGCAGUAGCAGUUGAGUAUUAUGAAAACACUUCUGCAGCUCUGGCCACCUGAGUUACUCAUGACCUUCUGCAAUUGACAGUAUCCUUUUAUAACAGCUUCUGGUUUUAAGGCUAUUUGAGUUUAAAAAGCAAAUAGCAAGCAAAUACAUUUGGGGAUUUUACUCCCCCACCCUUUUAAAAGUAUUGGUUUGUGAAUAAUGAAAGUUACUGACUAAAAAUGUGGCAAAGAGAUUCAUGAAGCAUCAUUCAGAUGGCAGGCAUCAGUCAUGUCAGUCAGCUCACACACAUAUGGUAUGAAAUACUUGGACAGACAAGGCCUGUAAAGCAGGGCUGUGCCAGGGGCAUCAGAAAUGAUGGUGACGUGGCUGCAGCGUGCGACGCCCCCAGUACUUACAGAGUACAGCACACGUGUGCCUCGUGAAGCACUGCAUGCAGCAGUAACUGGAACGUGCCCAGUUCUCCCCACAUGUUCUAAAGGCUCUUCUCAUCCUGCACUCAGGUCAGUGCUGUGAUCCAGGUGUAACCCAUCUCCUGCACACACAGCAACACAGGUACAGCACCCCAGCAUGUGUAACCUGUCUCCCACACACCCCUGCAGGUACAGCAACCUGGUCUAGUUGAAGGUGUCCCUGCUCAUGGGAAAGCAGUUGGAACUCAGUGAUAUCCAAGGUCCUCUUCCAACCCAAACCAUUCUAUGAUUUUAUGAGUAAAUGUGACAACAGUUUAACAAGAUAUGAUGGCAAUGUAUAUUUAACUGUUCACUACAUAGAUGACAGGGUCAGACAAAACUGUCAGGGAGACCCUCUUAUGAGUCAUGAAGUUCAGAAAGGACCCCCUUAUUUUUUAAACUCCUUUUUUGAGGGGAAUUUAGGGGUGUCUGGAUCCAGCCUUAGUCCCAGACUUGGCCAGCAGUUUACAUCUAAAAGAUUAUGUGCACAGUCAAUCCUGUAUCUCACUUAGCUGAGAUUUCAAAGUUUUGUAUGCUAUUAAGCACUUUGUGAGAACUCCUGAGCAAGGAAUCUCUCAGCCUCAAGAAGUUAACCCUAAGAGGCAUCCCUAGUUGAAUGGAGAUCCUGGGACACAGCCAGGAGACAGCCAUGUUACCAUGCAGGAGAGAGUAACAGGCCCUGGGCUGUCCACUAGAGUAAGAUGAUUGACUUACUGUCAUAUUUCCAUACAGGCUGGAUUUUGGGUUUCCUUGUGCCCAACUGACCCUAAGCUGUUGAGCAAGACGUAUGGCCCUUAACCAUUGUCUUCUCAGAGUCCAGCUUAAGCCAGAUACAGUCCUUCCACCCACCACUGGUGGCUGGCUAUUGCUCAAGCAGAAGUGGGAGGGGAGAGCACACUGUCACCAGAGGCACUAAACAGAAGAAGAUGGAAUAGACCCUUCAGUUUGACCACAAUAUCAGCAUUGCCCCACUCAAUGAUUGCUGUUGGUCCUCGGCUGUGAGAUCUGCAGAACUCUGUGUGUGUGUGCACUGGUUAACAUAUGAUGUGCUAUUUGGUACCUACUUCAGUUUCUAGUUAGGAUUUAUUUAUCUUGAAGGGAAUUCUGACCUGUAUGUACAUGAGAUAUUCCAGAAUUAUUGAUCCUCAGCUGCACAGCUUGUUGCAUGGUAGUGGGUUAUCUCAAUUUAAGACUAUACUGUGGUUUUGAUCACAAAACCUGCCUUACAACCAGUUUUGAUCACUUGGUGAGACAUAGAUAGUAUGUCCCAGUUUUCAAGCCAUUAGUUUAUAUUUUUUGUUAAGAUAAAUGGCACUGUAGAUGGCAAACCUAUUGUUCAGUUCUUGCUUUCUGAAGUGUGGACCAAUCUUUAAUAAGGCUCGGGUCACUCUUUUGGAACUGUGCCCAUCUACCUGGUCUCAUUGACUUAAGCCCAAAAGCAGCAUUGAAUGGGGAAUGUCAUCCCAAAGAGUAUGUGCCCAGCCUGCAAAUGCAGCCUGCCCACAGACAGGCCUGCUGCAGUGAAAGUGCAAGUAGGCCUGAAAGUAUUUGCUGUGUGUUGAAAGUAUUUGGUGUGUGUUGUUUCACUGCUUGAGUUUCCCCGAGGUAUCUGGUGUCUUUUAUGAACACAAGAUAGUUUUAGGAAUAUUUAAUCUUCGGGAAAGCUUCACUGUUGUACAGAAUAAGUCUUCUUUUUGUUUAUUUUCUUAUAUUUCCACAUUAUACAAGUAUGUUGUUUCUCAGGUAUUCAACUAGCAUUCAUUAUCAAAGUGACAACUUCUUUUUGGAAGGAUACAGGUUUUAUUAGUUUUCUGAUAAGUCAAAUAGCUUGGCAAUGUGGCUAGUGAUUAACAGCAGCCAUUCCUGUUCAAUAUCAAAUCCAUAGUUGUUUCAAAGAAAUAAUCUUAUUUCACAUGUGUAAUUUUUUCCGUUUGGUAUAUUUCCUGGAUUUGUAUUCAAUCUUGCUAGCUGGCUUAGGCAGUUAUGGAAACCCUUCCUAUUUAAAUAGAGAUCUUUGGAAUUAGACCUUGGGUCAAGAAAGAAAAAUAACGUUUAAAUGCAGUUGCAUUUCAGAGAGGGAAAUUAAUCAUCAGGAAAGCAAAUUUUUUUGUUUCUGUGGAAGGAAGAUUUCAAAUAGGUUUUUAAUAUAUAUAUUUCCUUUCCUUCUAAAUUGUCUCUAGAAAUCAGAAAGCUAAAUCAAGGAAGAAGCUUCUUUUGCAUUUUGGGUUUGCUUUUGUGAAAGCACAAAAUUAUUUUCCAUUUUGUUUUGAAUAUAAUUUAGAUCUAAAUAAAAUUUACAUGUUCAGUCAGAGAUAUAUCCUGUAGCAAAGGACUUGUAUAAAAUUACCUUGGAUAAGUGUUUAGUUAUAAUAAUGGUACUAAUCUGGCAUUUUUUAUGUCAGAGAAGGUAGUAAGCUCUCCAUUGUUCCCUCAUUUUUGCUUUAGGUGUAAUGUAGCAGCAGGAGUUUAAAAAUGUAUGUGUUUUAUUGAGAACAGAGAGUUAAAAUUGCUUAAAUCAAGGACCACUGCUGGUACUGCUUACAUUUACUCAGACCCUUUGGAGGCCUGUAAUACACAUUCUCAGGAGAGGUCGUUGGUGUCAGACACAGGCUUGUAGCAAAUUCAUGCUCGGGACCCAUUUAAUAUGCACAGACAGGUAAGAUGAAAAUGUGUUAAGAGGAAGAGCUUAGUUACCUGACUUCAGGUGCUAGGAAAGUCAAGUUACUAUGCACUGAGUCUAGAAGGCAGCCACAUGCCUUUCUUCGUGGCUCUACCCUGUCAGCUGAUCUCCUUGUACCUGUGUGUGCAUGUAACCUCCAUCUAUGGCCUGCAGUGGGACACUUAUUGUGGAGCUGGACCUGGUGAGGUGAAUUUGAGGUAAACCUCAUUACAGGUCUAGCUGCUGAAAGAUUUUGUUGUUCUUGUGGGGAAUUAGGGUAGAGAAUGAAUCCCUAAAUGAGUUCACUUUCAUCCCCACUGCUUAUACUCUUCCUUCUUGUUUCACUACCCCUGUUAAAGCCACUCUACAGAGGAUUUAUCACAAGGUGCCUUAGGAACAAACAGCAUGUCUGAGAUGAGAACCAUAGGUGUCAUUAACACAAGAGAUUUCUUCUUAUUUCUUGCCCAUUUGGGUAGGGGGUGGUGCUUGCUAAGGUCAAGCAGGACGAGCCCCUCUAGGCUGUUCCUGAAGAUCUAAUCUGUUCAUAGACUGCCUUGUUGCUGUAAGAUGAGUAGUACAAUGGUAUUUGAAUUUCCUGGUGCCAUACAUUCUUUGCCUUCAUAUGCUGCUGUCAGAUGUCUAGGAACACCAGAGGACUACUCCUUUUGAUAUGCUGACACUAAACCCAAGGACCAGAGGAACACUAGAUGGACACAGAAGAGUGUUUCUUGUGGCCAUUCAUAAUUUUCUCCAAAAAGAGUGUUGAAAUCCAGAGCUGUGAGUGCUGUGUGUUAAUGCAUAUUGAGUGUGGAUGAGAGACCAAUGCACCAAGUUUUUUGUUUAGGGUUUCUUUUAUAUCUACAAGUGUAAAAGAAAAAACAUUUUCUCCUUUUCUCAUAUCUGGGAAAAUAUUGGAUGUGAAAAGAUCAUGUAGAUGAAUGAGAAUUUCACAACUGGCAGCAUGAAAAACUGGGAACUGAUUGUGUUAAAUACAUUGCUAAUUAGACUGUGAAAGACAGAAGUUUAGCAGGAGUCAAAAGGCAUUUUAUCUAAAGAAGUUGAUUUGCAGUAAAUACCAAUUAAAUGAAGUUUUAAAAGUUACAUAAAACAGCAGAGUUCAAAUGUAUAUUACAAGGAGGAGAGUUGAUGCUGUUGAGCAGGACGGGAACAGAGAACUCCAGAUCAGAAGGCUAAGAAAAUGAGCUCUCUCUUUAUUUCAAAUGUACUGCUCAUAUAUAGAGAACAUCGAGAUGACUAAUUUCAUUGGUCUUAGAGUAAAAACAUGUCACACCAUUGGUGUGCAGUGAAUGAUGCACAGUGGCAGAGCAUAUCUAUAAACAAUGUGAAUAACAAGAUAGAUUAGAGAAUUAUUUACAUUCUUUCUCAACUGCUUCCCAGGCUCUCGCCUGGUUAGAAAACCUUUCUCUCUGACUGAGCUGAGAAUACCCUCAGAGAGUGUUCUGGGGGGAUAGUCCACAUUUGCCUGGAGAGAGACUCUGGCUACUUAUUCCAAAACUGUGGUGCUGUUGCAGCUGAAAGUGCAUCAGGCCAGGUGGAUGAUGGAUCUGAGUCCCCUUGGCUUUUCUGGGUUCCAUUCUGGAUUUUACAUGUUGCUUUCUCAGAAUCAUCAUACAUUAAAUGCAGCCUUUAUUGGGAAGGGAGAGAGGAAGGAUUUUCUGAUCCAUCAGUGAGGGUUAUCUGUUUUAAACCCAUCUGGAUUGGUGAGUCAAGUCCCUCGGGCAAGAAGCAGGAUGCCAGCCACAAAAUUCAGAGCUAAGGAGAGAGACCUUGCCAAGUAAUGACCUUGACGUUUAGGUUCCAUGUUUGGAAAUGAUAAAUAGCUGGAGAUGGCUUCCCUGCAACCUCCAAGAUGCCCUGGGAACAGUCCUCCUCAGAGGGAAGCAGGCUGCUUUCCACUCACAGCUUCAAGCCAUUAGCACAGGCUUUCAAUGGGGAGCACCUUGUAGCUCGUCAUACCUUUUUCAGAGCUACGUUCUUGUGAACUGUGAUGGUUGUUUGUCAGUCCUUACCUAUGUGAUGUGAAUAUUUUUGAUGUCCUGUGAUUUCAAAAUUGCAUUCUCAGUGCCAAAUGUUUGCUUUCCAUGUCCUCGCCAAGAGGUGAGUUUUAAAUAGAAAAGAGGGUAUUUUAACAAAAUGUGUCACUGAACUCUUUCUGAAGGGCACGUAUGAAGGCUAUAUUUAUAGUGUGUUUGCAUUCCUUCUACAAUUGGUUUGUAUUGUUUAUAUUUGAUGUGUUGUGGUUGAUUUGUAAUAAUAUAUUGGAACUUACUCUCUUUAAAUAAACUUUUCACUAUGCAACCA